AUGACUAUGUUAUGCCAAAAGAAGCCAGGUAGAAAAAGAAUAAGACCUUCAGAUGAUAUUUCAGGGAUUUGUAUUUUGAUGAUUUUAUACAUUUUGCAGGGUAUACCUAUUGGUCUAGCUGCAUCUAUUCCAUUUAUGUUACAAUCAAGUUAUUAUACCGGAAGUUAUCAAGCACAAGCUACAUUUUCAUUGGUAAUCUGGCCAUUUUCAUUCAAAUUAGCUUGGGCUCCAAUCAUUGAUUCAAUUUAUAGUACACAUAUUGGACGUCGAAAAACAUGGCUUAUUCCAACACAAUAUGCUAUUGGAAUUGAAUUAAUUAUUUUAGCCAAUUAUAUAAAUAGUUGGUUAGGACGUGAUCCAAAUAAUCCAUGGAGUCCAUUGGGUACACAUCAUCCAGUUGAUAUUAUACGUUUAACAGUUGCAUUUUUCGGAUUGACAUUCCUUGCUGCAACACAAGAUAUCGCUGUAGAUGGAUGGGCUAUAUCAAUUCUAUCCAAGAAAAAUCUAGGUUGGGCAUCUACAUGUAAUGUUGUUGGACAAACAAUUGGAUAUGUGACUGCAUUUAUUCUAUUUUUAUGCUUAGAAUCACCUAAUAUUUCAAAUAGCUAUCUUAGAUGGACACCUAUUGAAGGUAAAGGGUUGAUUACAUUUUCUGGUUUUCUUUAUUUUUGGGGAAUUACAUUCAUGGUAACUAAUACAUUCUUAGUAUUACUUAAACAUGAAAAUGAAUCAAAAUUAGAUACUGAAUUUAGAAAUUGUUUAAAUAAUUUAUUUAAUAAAAUAUUCAAACGAAAAACAUUCAAUGAAUCUCAUUGUUUAAAUCACCAUUGUAAACAUGGUAACAACAAUAAUAAUAGUAAUAAUAAUAGUAAUUUAAUUCCUAAUGUUGAUAUUAUUCAAGAAUCUAAAAAUUCUAAUUCAUUAUAUUGUGAAUAUAAUCAUGAAGAAAUUGAUAAUAAUAUUGAUCAUUCAAAAUUAUCAUUAAAAUCAAUAAAUUUAUAUCCAAUAAAAAAUCAAUAUUUACAAGAAAAUCAUUUAAUCAAUGAUACAAUGAAUCUUGAAUUAAUUUGUAAAACAAAUUCAAUUUCAAAUAAUGUAACAAAUUAUCCUAUUGAUUGUAUGAAAACAAAAUCAAAUAAUAUAAAUGAAUAUUUAAUCGAUUGUCAUCAUAAUAAUGAUACCAUUGAAAUGAAUCAACAUAAUUAUAAUAAUAAAAAUAUAUCUAAUCAUAAAAAUAAAAAAGAAUUAUGUUUAUCACUUGUGGAUACAUAUCGUAUUAUGUUUGGUGUAAUACGAUUAAAACCUGUUUGGCAAUUUUUAAUUUUAUUAACUACUGUUAAAGUUUGUCUUGCUGCUCCAGAAACAAUUUUCAGUUUAAAACUAAUUGAACAUGGAUUUCCAAAAGAACGUUUAGCACUUUUUGGUGUUCUGUUAAUGCCAAUACAAGCUAUAUUACCAUUAUUAAUUACACGUUGGACUAAUGGGCCAAGACCAUUAGGAGUAUUCAUAAUUGCAUUCUUACCAAGAUUAUUGGUGACCUCGUUAACGAUUCCUAUUGUUUAUUAUACACCAUACUUUAGAAUUAUUCAGCCUAAUCAAACUCAAAUUCAAUUUAUUCAGCUAAACAGAAGUGAUUUAAAUAAUAUCACUGAUACAACUAAUUCAACAGAAAACUACACAGCAAAUACAGUUAAAGAUAUGGCAUAUUCAUUUACUUGGUUAUUCUAUAUACUUUUAUUAAGUAAAUUAUUUGUUUACUCAAUUAUAUCAAGCAUAAUGAUGGUUGUACAGGUAGCAUUUCAUGCUAAAAUUAGUGAUCCAGCUGUUGGUGGAACAUAUAUGACUUUGUUGAAUACAGUAUCUAACAUCGAAAUGUAAACAAUUACCCUUUCAUUCUACAAUUUGAUUGCUCCUUUUUGAAACUGAGACUCGACAAUGUGAAUAAAUUAUUUUAACUUAUUGAAAACAGUUGGAAAAAAUCUUGACUUGGAAAGUUCUCCAAUUUUUUUCGUUUUCAUUAAAAUGACAUCUUUGUGAAAACAUAUACCGUCUCAUACACACUCAUAUCACUUAGUAUUGUAUUUUCUUGUUUUAUUCGAAUAAAUUUCUAAGUAAUCAUUGGCAAUCCCGAUAGUUUAAAUGCUUUAAAAACAAUGAUAACACAUGUUACG